AUGUUCUUCCCCCGCGUAAUCGGCUACACAGUCGCAGCCUUCGCUUCCCUUGCGGUGGCUGUCGACCUGACUGGCUAUGAAUACGUAGUCGUCGGCUCUGGUGCAGGUGGUGGUCCUCUGGCCGCCCGCCUCGCCCUUGCCGGUCACAAGACGCUUCUGAUCGAAGCCGGUGACGACCAAGGUGCCAGCCAGAACUACACCAUUCCUGCUUUUAACGCCAGGGUUUCCGAAGACCCCAACCUGAGCUGGAACUUCUACGUCAAGCACUACGCUGAUGAGCAGCGCCAAGCUCGCGACUACAAGACCUCCUACGAGACUGUCGAUGGAGGUGAGUACACCGGUCUCAGCCCACCUGAGGGCUCUACCAUGAAGGGUACGCUUUACCCUCGUACCGGUACUCUCGGUGGAUGCACAGCCCACAACGCUCUCAUCGCCGUGUACCCCCACCAGUCCGAUUUCGACAAUGUUGCUGCCAUCACUGGUGACGACUCUUGGUCAGCCAAGAACAUGCGCAAGUACUUCGAGAAGCUCGAGCACAACCACUACCUCCUCCCCGGUCAGAAGGGCCACGGUUACGAGGGAUGGCUCGGAACCUCAUACGCACCCAUCGACAUCGUCACCUCCGACCCCAAGCUUCUCAGCUUGGUUGGCGGUGCCGCUUUCGCCCUUUCCAACAUGACCAACGCCAUCGUCAACCUUGGUACUCUUAUUGCUGGUGAUGCCAACGCCGACACCGAGAGCCGUGACAAGUCCAACGCUCUCUACCAAAUCCCUCUCUCCACCACCGACGGCAAGCGCACUGGAUCCCGCGAGUUCGUUCUCGCUGUCCGUGACGCAAAGAACGAGGACGGCAGCAAGCAGUACCCUCUCGAUGUCAGACUCAACUGCCACGUUACCAAGAUCACUUUUGACCAGGACGUUACUCCUCCCCGCGCUACCGGUGUCGAGUUCCUCGACGGCCAGUACCUCUACAAGGCCAGCCCCAAGAACACCGGCGCAGCUGGUGAGCCCGGUUCUGCCACCGCUUCCAAGGAGGUCAUCGUCGCCGGAGGAACCUACAACUCUCCCCAACUCCUCAAGCUCAGCGGUGUCGGCCCAGCCGACGAGCUGAACAAGUUCGACAUCCCCGUCGUUGCUGACCUCCCCGGUGUCGGAACCAACCUCCAAGACCACUACGAGAUCAACGUCCAGGGCAAGGCUCCUUCCGACUUCUCCGCCCUGAACGGCUGCACCUUCGGCAACACCGACGACGACGCCUGCAUCGACCGCUGGGAGAAAUCCAUCCUCGGCAACCGCGGCAUCUACGCUUCCCCAGGUCUCGGUGCCACCAUGUUCUACAAGUCCAGCGUCUCCGAGCGCGACGAGUACGACAUCUUCGCCUUCGGUGGCCCCGUCAACUUCCGCGGUUACUUCCCCGGCUACAGCUACAACGCCACCUCCGAGCACGACUGGUUCACCUGGGCCAUCCUCAAGGCGCACCCGCGCAACAACGCCGGAACCGUUGCGCUCCGCUCUGCCGACCCUCUCGACGUCCCCGAGAUCACUUACAACUACUUCGACACCGGUGUUGGCGACUACGAGAAGGAUCUCACUGCCCUCACCGAGGCCGUCGACCUCGCCCGUGACUCCUUCAAGCGCCAACUCGUCCCCAUUGACGAAGUCCUGCCCGGCAAGGACGCCAACACCCCCGAGAAGAUUGCUCAGUACGCCAAGGACACUGCUUGGGGUCACCACUGCUCGUCUACCUGCCCCAUUGGUGCUGAUGACGAUGAGAUGGCUGUUCUUGACUCCAAGUUCCAGGUCCGUGGCGUUGCUGGAUUGAGGGUUGUUGAUGCUAGUGUUUUCCCUAAGAUUCCUGGUACUUUCACUGCUGUGUCUACGUACAUGGUUGCGGAGAAGGCGGCGGAUGUUAUUCUCGCUGCUGCUGAGGAGGCUUAG